UACGGGGAUUUAAGUUGGCUGUGGCACUGAUCAGUCUCAGUGUAGAAAUUUAGGUAGAAAUAUAAAACAAGACAUCUAAGUUUCCCUAUUAGAACAUACUGUGUUUCUGCUUUCUGAAAAUCUCCCAGACAUUUUAGUCUUCAUGAGCACAAACUCAUAGCCUAUUUAUAUCAUAUUUUAAAAAUACAAACCUACUCUGAUUUCAGUCAUAGUCUACCAACAGCAGGUUAUCUUUUAAAUGCCAGUCCUGUUAUAUAUUUUUGCAUACCAAACACAAAUUAUUAUAGCACCCUGUGAAUCUACAGUAGCCGUGGGUCUAUGAAUAAUUCAUUUCAGGAAAAGGAUCUAUUUGCCCCCGUGCCUCUCAGGCGCGCGGGUCCACCUGGUGCCAUUUGGUCACGGCAGAAGCGUCUCUAAUUAUCCAGUUGCACACCCCUGGAUUUCUCUGCGCCCUCUCGCCUCCAGAUCCACAUUGAUUUUUAGGCAAGGUGUGAUCAAUGCGCACGACGCCAGAAACUCGCACGUGAAUAACUCAUGCGGGAUGAUUGACAAGUUUCCGCAAGGAAAUCAAACAACGGGCAGAGAGAAACAUCUCAUCAUAGAAGUACUCCAAUAUGUAGGGAAUAAGGUGAGACUUUAAAUGCUUCUGUGAUUGUAGGACAAGUUGUUCUCUUGCCUCUAGCUGUGAUUCUUCACGUCAUAUGUAAAAAGGAUCAGCAACAGGAUUGGCAUGCUGCUUUCCUCAGUCCCCUAUAGACCUGUCUCUGAUGAGCGGGGUAGCCUGCGCUCUUUUUGCCACGCACGCCUUACUUGCUUCACUUCUCAAAGCUUCACUCGUGCACUUGUCGGACGUUAAUGGGAAUUAAUCAGCAAGUUUGAUGAGGGAGAUGGUGGCGGCGGAUGCUCCGUUCAGCACGCUGGACAGCGCUCGUGGAAGUUGGAGAGGACGACGGCGCGCGGACACGCGGGGAUUUAAGUGAAAUGAAUUUUGGGAGCCUCUGGAGGGAUGAGCGACGGGUGACCAUGGUUGAUUGUAAGUGCUCAUCGUCGACAACAGGCGCAGGUAACCCGAGGGUGGACUUUCUGGAGUGAGACAUGGACUUUGCUGAAAUCAUUUUCGCUUUGUUCAUCGUCGUGGUCGCGGUCGUCUCGCUGUUGUCAAACUUGUUGGUGCUGCUAUGUUUCGUCCACAGCACCGAGAUACGCCGGCAGGUGCCCGGUGUUUUCACCAUGAACCUGUCCUUCUGCAACAUACUCAUCACCGUUUUGAACAUGCCGGCCACUUUGGUGGGGAUUAUCAGGAACCAGCAGCCUUUUGGCGACUGCGUUUGCCACACGGUGAGCUUUCUGGAGACUUUUCUGACCGCAAACACCAUGUUGAGUAUGGCAGCCCUCAGCAUAGACCGGUGGAUAGCGGUGGUCUUCCCGCUCAGUUACUCCACUAAAAUGCGCUACAAGGACGCGCUGAUCAUGGUGUGCUACUCCUGGCUCCACUCCUUCACCUUCUCCCUGACGGCGCUGCUCUUCUCCUGGGUCGACUACAGCGACGUUUACGCGUCCUGCACCUUGCAGCCGAGCGAGGAAGGCAGCGACAGGAUUAAGUUCACAAUCUUCACAGUCGUUUUCCACGCCACUAGUUUCAUGCUCUCCCUGCUCAUCCUGUGCUUCACCUACUUGAAGGUGUUGAAAGUCGCCAGGUUUCACUGCAAGAGGAUUGACAUCAUCACCAUGCAGACUAUUUUCCUACUGGUCGACAUUCACCCAAGCGUGAAACAAAGAUGUUUAGCUGAGCAAAAGAGCAGAAAGCAGAGAGCCACAAAGAAGAUCAGCAUCUUCAUCGGCUCAUUCAUCAUCUGCUUUGCUCCUUAUGUAAUUACAAGGUUGGCCGAGCUUCUACCCUUCGUGGACAUCAACCGCCACUGGGGAAUCAUCAGUAAGUGCCUGACAUACAGCAAGGCUGCGUCCGACCCCUUCGCCUACUCCCUCCUACGUCAGCAGUACAAGAAAGUCCUGGUCACUGUCGUCAACAGGCUGCUCCGCCGCGACCUGUACCCCUCGUCUGGCCACAACAGCUCUUUAGACACAGAGAACGACUACUGUCUCCAGAGGAUCAGCUAAUGGCAAUCGCGCGGACAUGACAGAUACACACUGCAGGCCAAAAAUAAAGGUUGCAUCUUGGAAGAAAGUGGGUGGAGGAAGAGAAAUGAGGAGAGAGACGAUGAGGGCAGGAUAUUGUUAGGAAGGGAAAAGAGAGCCGAUAGAGGGGACAGAUUGUGGGCGGGGGGGGGAUAAGGAACAGAGUGGGUGGAGGAGAAUGAGAAGACAGCAAUGAGGGGGAGGAUGAACGGGCGAAGGGGCCGAUAGAUAGGGAGCGACAGGUCUGAUGUGGAAGACGUUUGCCUCAGACAGCAUUGGUAAACAAGGGAUCUGUGAUUCAUCGCCGAUGGCAAAACAGACAAAACCACACAAAUCAGACAAAUCAAUUUCAUCGAAUAAGUCAUGGGUUCAGAUUAAUCUCAAACUGAAGGCCCACACUGCUGGAGAUGGGGCCCUUUCUUCGCUUAGAGAGACAUGGAUAAAGUGGCCUUUUGUGUUGUACCAACCACUUUCUAAUGAUUUUGGCAAAUCCACAUGUAGUGACCUUUGUGCCGCCACAAAACGCGGGGACAGAGCUACACGCUGAUGGUCGAUAGGCAGUGGCGUGAAGAUAUGAAGAAGGGAAAGACUGUUUGUUCCUGCUUCAGAGACUUGAUGUACUCUUACUAAAUGCGUGGAGACUCCACUGCAGCACAUAAUUGCCAUGUUCUGUAUUGACUAUGUUAGACUACUUUGCAGUUUCACGACAGUCACUGAGUAUUGAUGCACUUUGUCUAAGUCUCUCAGAGCUACUUUAGUAACGGGAGCCAACGGCAAAUAACAUUUACACCUUGAUAAUAAAUGAUAAGGUUGGUGAUGUUCUGUAUUUUUGUUUGAUGUUAUUGCCAACACACUUUGAAAAAAAACUAAAUCGACAAUGUGUUACACAAUACUUCCUGAUUUCUCCAAGCCCAUUGGCUCCUACUGAAGAUUAGUGUGUUUUAUUUUUUUAUGUAUAUUUUUUGCCUUUAUUUGAGACUGACAGUAGAAAUACAGACAGGACAACAGACUUGGACACAUACUGUAGUUUUUAGCAAAUGCUACUCAAACUGUGCAUUUUUUGGGGACCAGUUUCUGAAACAGAUUAUUAAACAUUUUGGUGCACAGGUGAGUAUUUAUAACAGCAGUACAGAGUAUAUAAAACAGAACUUUUGAAUGUCUGGUCUACGCCACUUAGUCUGCAAAGCAUCUUUGUUUUCACGCUUGUUUCAUUUAAUUAAAUCCAACUCUCUUGUGAAUUAAACCAGCGCACCCCUGAGUCUAGGAGGAAGGGAUGAUGUGAUUGAGAAUUUAUUUGAAGAUUGGGAUCGGUGGCUACACAUACUUGUCAGUAGGAUCCAUUCAUUAUUGGUGUUGUUCUUUUCAUGGAAUUUGAUGACAAUAAGGAAAACACAGAAUAUCACCCGACUUAUCCUUUAAAGUGUCAGAUUGUAACUGAAUGUACUAGAGAUAGCCCACUUUUGACUGAAAUGCGUUUGUACAACUGCUGUUUGUUUUGCCAGUGGACUGGAGAAAGUCUUUCUAUGGAUAUUUACAUGAUGUUAUUAUAUAUUUUGCAUUGUCCAGGAACACCUUUUUGUCUAGAUAAAGGGGGAGCAAUGUGAUGUAGCAUAGGAAUGCUUUCAAAGUGCUUUAAAAUGAAGUUAAUUUGUUAACUUAGGUUCGGGAGCGGGGCCACGCCUCAACCACACCUCCAAUCACGUGUCAGGCUACAUAUACUGCUCAGCCUGCUCCACUUGUUUACAGGUUGCUCGACUCAAGACAGACAAUGAUCCACGCUCAACAGCACGCUGUUUCAGAUCACUCGACCCACCCUCCCUUUCCCUUCCCUUCAUCUAUUCAUCCCUACACACAUCCGCUCAUCUUCUGUUCCCUUAUCCCCUCAUCCCUUCACCCCCACAUCCUUUCAUCCCCUCAUUUCUUCCUGUUCAAUCAGGGUGCAGCUCUCUCAUGUCUCAUCUAGGUACUGUCUGGGGGGCUUGAAAUAAGCUUGGGCGAAAACACCUCCGAGACGGAACCCCCACACUGAGUCUCUAUGACCGGUCUCCUGUACACCCUCUCAGACCAGCCUAUCAGACGACAUCCUUCUUCCACCAUCACCCUUCCCCUCUACAUGCAUUAAUUCAUCCUCCAUAUUUGCAUAUACCUCUAAAUCACACAUUGUUGUGGCGUGGUCCUUGCUAGUGAAUACACCGUUUUGUGUUUGUGCCAGAUUUGAAUAUGUGACUCCAGCUGUUCUAUACUUUAACCAGAAUAGCUGCUUUAUUAUCUGUGGAUGUACUUUAUGCACAUGUAUUUCUCCUGCUGUGAGCCACUUGCUGUUCUUUGGCAGUGUGAUUAGCUAUUAGUGGAAUCUGUGCAAUAAAAUCUGUCAAUUAUAAAGCUAUUAAAGAUAUUAAUGUUUUCACAGUAAUGUCAGUGAAUCUAGAUAAUGGCCUUCAAUUUCUUUUGUAAGUCUGUAAAUCCAAUUCAAGCAGUACAGUUAGAAGUCUAGGACACUAAGUGGGAAAUAGUUUUAUUAGGAUUAUGGGAAGAUUAUAGGCAAUAUUCAGUAGAUGAAAUUGAUGGAUACAGGUAAGGAAACAUAAUUAUCCUGAAAUAAAACUGUUUUGGUUCCUUGUUUACCACCAGCUACACACCUCUUUCUGCAUUACAUUGUUUUGCAUCCAUCUGCCCCGUGGCCCUAAUUAUAUCGCAGAUGAUACAUGGAAUAAAAAUUGACUGUGGUGUCACAUGAGCAAUCUUUGUUUCAGCAGCAUUAUUGCCAAGUGCAA